UAAAACUAGUUUGAUCCCUUUAAUCUCUUCUUAUGAUAUCCUGUUUCGUAAGGUAGAAGGUCAAGAAUGAGAGAUAAAGUGGAGAUUAUCUGAUAGAAGAGUUGAGUAAAUUGCGAUACAUCCUCUUUUAUUUGCUCAACACUGGUUGAAAAUAACUGAAAUAACUUCAGUCGUCAGCUUCACUUUAACUCAUCCGGAGGCUGUUACAUAUGCAGGCAUAAAGGGAUGAUGAGGAAGAUGAUGAUGAUGUUACAAAUAAUUUUGCUCCUGACUAACUCUGUUCUGGUCUCUUCAUAUGGAUUAAACUCCACAGUUCAGUGUGAAAGAGGCGAUGCGAGCGAGACACAGGAAGUGAGAGCUGGAGAAUCUGUAUUUCUGCCCUGUCCGAAUUUACAGUGCUUUGAAGAGACAGUAAACACCACGUAUGUUUGGUUCAGAAACCUCAGCACAAUAAAGCAGGUCGAGCGGAUCGGGACGGAGGAGAGCGAGCGCAUCCAUUACCAUCAGUCUGUCCUAUACAUCCUCUGGUUAAACCUGAACGACACGGGACGAUACAUCACACGCUGGUGGUAUGAAAAGGGCCAAUGUGCUGAAUUCGAAACAGACGUUGUGGUUUAUGAGGAGUUCAGCACGAAUCUCUUGUACGAUACAUUGCCAGAGCAGGUGGUGUCAAGAAUCAAUUGUCCCGUGUGUGAAGAUGAGCAAGGCUCGAUCAUCUGGUAUAAGGAUUUCUCUCUUAUUCCAAACCAAGAGCCUGGGAAGGUUUUACGAAUUCAGAACUCUUCAAAAGAAAGCGAAGGCAUUUACACCUGCGUGUGCACAUGGGAGCAUCACGGGAUAAAGCACAACUCCUCUUCAUCCCGCAGAGUGACCAUCAGUCCGCAGACCAUCAGCAGUCCUCCGAAGUUUCUGCUGCCCAUCAAUAACUCUAUUGUGAUCGCUGAUGUGGGUUCAGAAGUGAUCCUCAAUUGUUCGGUCUUCUAUGGACUGACUGUAUGUGAUCAGUGCUCUAUUUACUGGGAGAAGAAUGGGUUAAUGCUGGACGGGUUGAAUGGAUACAAGCUGAAAUACAGAGAGACAGAUGGCACCAUUCAGUCGGUUUUGACCAUCACUAAAGUUUCUGAGUCGGACCUCCAUUCAGAGUUUCACUGCAAGGCUACAGACUCAAUUAAAGUGAUUUUUGUGUCAGUCACUUUGAACAGUCGAGCCACCUUUGUUCAUAUUUACCAAGGGUGCCAAGUGGAGGGCACUGUAUUAGUGGAGGGCACUGUAUCAUCAGUGCUCCCUGUUAUUCUGGCAUGCAUUUGCACGUUUCUUGUUUUCCUGCUGGUCGGUGGAAUGCUGAAGUGGUUUUCAUUGGAUCUAGUGCUGUUCUUAAGAGAAAUUUUCAUCAAGCUCUACAGUAAAGAGGAUGGGAAACUGUAUGACGCUUAUGUGAUUUACCAAAGAAACAACUUGGAUGAGAUGACCAGCAAAACUGUAAGUGACUUUGUCAGUGGAUCACUGCCGAAAGUGCUGGAGAGCUACUAUGGCUUUAAACUGUUUAUUCACGGCAGAGAUGACCUACCCGGGGAAGACUGCAUGAACCUGAUCGAGACUAAGAUCCAGCUCAGCCGGAGACUUAUCAUCAUUUUAACCCUAGGAGCAAGUGCAGAGAUAAGCAGUAAUUCUCCUGAAGCGUAUGAUCUGCAGGUAGGGCUCCAUCAGGCUCUGGUCCAGGGAGAAACCGGUGUGAUUCUCAUCCAGCUGGGAAAGAUGCAGGACUACACACACCUGUCUCUCGGACUGCAGCAUCUGCUCCGUCAGAAUUCUCCUCUGCUGUGGAGAGACGGCGAAUCCUCACCAAACUCCAGGUUCUGGAAACGAGUGCGAUAUCAGAUGCCCGCUGUGUCAUCCUAUCAGAGCAGUCGUGUGAAGAGUAGAUCGAUGACGGCAUCGGGUCCGGGUUUACUCGUUUGAUGCAAGAGAUGCAUCUCAGGUCCAGGGGCCAGAUUCACGAGAAGCAUUUGAAAGAAGUUAAAGUGCCCCUAUUACGCCUUUUCGAAUAUUACCUUUCAUGCAGUGUGUCAUGUAGCUGUAUGUGAACAUAAACUAUCUGCCCACAUCCUCGCGCUCAACUUGCCCAUCCACAAACACAGUAAAAUGUGUAAGUGUUCUUUGACCUGCAUGUAAACCUGUUUUAGGAGACUCAUAAAACAAUAUUAGCAACCUUAAAAAUGGCAUAAUAGGGGCACUUUAAGAAAUUUCUUAAGAUAAAUUCAUAAGAAUGUUCUGAAGUGCGAUUCUUGACCAAUUCUUAAAGCAGGGUUCCCGCGGGUCUUAAAAAGUCGUAAAUUUACUUUAUCAAUUUUAAGGUCAUAAAAAGUCUCAAAUUGUAUAAGAAAGACUUAAUUAUGAUUUCAAAAGGUCUUAAAUUUGGGUACAGACCAGAAACUUCAAAAGGCUAUAAAUAAAUAUUCAGCGCCUCCUGCUGGCGGAGAAUGAAUCUGCAUGUUCAAUACGGCUGUUGCUGUGAGUAGGGUAUUCCUGCAAUACCAGAGGCUACAGUUUCAGAACUGGAUUUCUAGGAUCCUGUAGUUUUUUUUUUUUUUGUAUGUUUGUAUUAUGUCAGGUCUGCCAGCCAGUUCUAUCAAACCUUUACAAUUAAUCCAGAAGGAGGCAGCUAUAAUAAAAUAUUUACAAAAAUGUGAGGGGUGUACUCACUUCUCUGAGAUACUGUAUAUGUAUAUAUAUAUAUAUAUAUACACUACGCUAUGCAAGCAGCUAUCAUCAGGAUGGAAUGAGAGGUAAAGUUGAGUGUCAUCAGCAUAGCAGUAUAUGCUAUGUAUACUGCUAUGUAGUAUAUACUGCUAUGCUGAUGACACUCAACUCUACAUUUCUUGCUGGAUCAAGGACCAUCACCUUCAACUCAAUUUCACCAUCCAGUUAGGCACAUAAACCAUAACUCCUUCAAAAACAGCCAGAAACCUUGGAGUUAUGAUUGAUGAUCAGCUGACUUUCUCAGACCACAUUGUUAAAACUGCCCGGUCCUGCGGAUUUUCUUCAUUCAACAUCAAGAAGAUCAGGCCCUUUCUCUCGGAACAUGCUUCACAACUCCUUGUUCAAGCUCUUGUUCUGUCCAGGCUGGACUAUUGCAAUGCUCUCUUGGUAGGUCUUCCAGCCAGUUCUAUCAAACCUUUACAAUUAAUCCAGAACGCGGCUGGAAGAUUAAUCUUUAAUGAGCCGAAAAGAACGCACAAUCACACCUCUGUUCAUCAAUUUGCACUUGCUACCAAUAGCUGCUCGCAUAAAAUUCAAGGCAUUAAUGUUUGGCUACAAAAGCACCACUGGCUCUGCACCACUUUACCUAAAUUCAUUACUUCAGACUUAUGUGCCUCUAGAAGCUUUAUUGCUUUAUUGUGCAUCCCAAACAGACUUUUUCAUUAACUGUUCCCUCCUGAUGGAAUGACCUGCCCAACUCAAUCCCAGCAGCUGAGUCCUUUACCAUCCAAAAAAGGUCUCUAACACUAGCUUGCUCUAUUCUUUUUCUAUUCUAUCUGUUUUCUUUUUAUUUAUUAUAUAAUUAAAAAAAAAAAAUCCCUUGUUACGUGUACUGCGUUAGGCUAACUGAGACUUGUCAUAGCUCUUGCAUAUCAUUGCUCUUUUGUUGAUUUUGAUUGCUUCCAUUGUACUCAUUUGUAAGUCACUUUGGAUAAAAGCAUCUGCUAAAUGACUAACUGUUAGUGGCUCAUACCAUUUUAUAGCACUUGCUAUUCAAUUCUGUAUAUUAUUAUUUUUAACGAAUUAUGUAGUUGUUUAAUUGUAUAAACUUAAUUAUUGUCCUAACCAACUCCUAACCCUAAACAUACCGUUGGUAACCCUCUUGAAAUAUUUAACCUAAUUUAUUUCAAUAUAUUCUAUAAAAUUCUGGUAUUAAAUUCAGUUUUCUUGGAAAGAAGACUUGUGUCUGUGCGAGACUUCAGUUCAUUAGCCGCAGCGCUUCACGUCUGAUGUGUGACCCACUUAAAGUGCAGUAAACGGUAAAACAAUUGCAGUACAAAUUAGUGUGAUUAUUAGUACUUUAAUAAAAGUUAAAUAAUUUAAAUACACAUACUAAUUUACAACAUUCAGCAGCACAAUGAACUGUUUUGCACAGCUAAAAAGGCUAAAUGGAGAUUGCUGACUCCCCCUCAAACAGUUCACGCUAGCUCUUACAUUAAAAAUGAGAUGGAAAGAUAAAAAAUUAAUAGUUUCCAUGGAUCUAGUCUUUGCAUCUGUUUAUUUGAUGUUUGAAUCAGGUCUCCUCUAUUGGAAUAGAUAGCACUGUCCCAAAAAACAGGGUCCUAUGCAGUCCUAGAACUGCAGCCUCCAGUAUUGCAGGAACAUUGGGUUGUUUUUGUUCAGACCAAUGCGAAAAUCGACCCAUGUUUUUACCCUGCAAACACGCAGAGCUGUAAAUGUGAACUGGUGGAUCGAUAAGAUAAUUCAUUAUAAAAAUAUAAACAGUAAAAUGUGUUUGUAUGUUAUUUAAUUAAUAUAAUCAUUUAUUGAUAAUAAUUGUUUAAAUUAAUAUAAUAAUUAAUACUUUUGACUUAUCUAUUUUCUUAAAAAAUGGUUUAAACACUGAAAUGUGAAGUGUAUCAUUUUAUGAAACUUUUUGCUUUUGUGAAAUGCUUUUUACAGUCAUUUUACAGUUUAAUAGUUUACCAUAGACAUUACUCAUAUGGUAUUAAUUUUAUUUGUGCAGGUUUUAAAAAUGUCUUUAAAAGUCUUAAAUCUGAGCUUAAAAAUCCUGCAUCAACCCUGUAAAGGUCAUGAACUGAGAAAUCAAAAUUCCCUUGAUCUUUUGACAUAAAAGAGGUCACUGUGCUAUAAAAACAUCCUGUAUGUUUGAGAAUUCAAAACUUUGUCAUUAGUCUAAAAACAGCUCAUAUUGAAGGCAGUCUGCCAAAAGGACAGCUUGUGGAAUGUUCUACUCCAGUGGUUUUCAAACCUUGGGUCAAAAAAAUGGGUCGCCAGGAUGAUUUAAGGAAAACGUAUGUAACCAAGUUCAAGACUCAGGAAAGAAGCAACUAAAUAACAUAAACAACGAAACGAAAGUCGCCGGCAGCCGCCUCAGGUCAGAAUCAAAUGCGUAUUUGUGUUUGCGCUCUGUUUUUGCAGCGUUGUACAUUGUAGCAAAUCAGAGACAUAUCUGUUGAUUUCUAUAACGCAAUGGCCAAUCAGAGGAGCUUUAGUGAGUCAGAAUCCACUCACCGCUCAGAACACAAGUGUUCUUGUUCAACCCAGAGUUCUGAAAGCUCGCGACGCGAAUCCUCUGAUUAUAAUGAACAAAGUGUAGGUGAUGUAAAUAAGAGAAUAAUUGUGCUGUGUUGACAGAUUGAUUAUAGCGGAAUUAGAGAUCGCGAUAAACGGAAAUGAGUGACAGCAUUUUAAGGAAGCGCACUUUGCAUGCUUUCUUUGCUGUAUAUAGCCUAUUCUCCAUUCAGAAUUUGAAUAAAAGUUUCGUUUUUCAUGCUACUAAGAGGACCAAUGUGUCGUACUUGCAACAAACGUUCGGAAGUGACAUCCGCAUAUUCUCUCGAAAUUGCAAUGACAUUGUGAUAAUCAUAACUAUGGACUGGACAAAAUAUGAUAUGUCGGAAUUGCCAUGAAGGCAAGCACACUCACUAAUUCCAGAAGCACCGACAAUGAUUUGAUUUUGGAACAGAGCAUCCUUCCGGAGCUCUACGGUGGGACUCGACUACUGGAGACCGGUCUGUAGUGCAGUUGUCUUUCCUUCCUUCCUUCCUUCUUUCUCUUUCUUUCUAUAUAUAUAUAUAUAUAUAUAUAUAUAUAUAUAUAUAUGGGUCGCGACAAUUUAAAAAGAAAAAAAAUAGGGUCGCUCUGAAAAAAGUUUGAAAACCACUGUUCUACUCUGUGAUGUAAUAGUGUGGAUAAGCAGCGCCUCCACAGAACGAGAUCAACGCCUGCUUCGACAUCACAGCCUGUUUAGCCCCGCCCACCGAUUCUACAUUAGGCUCGCUUGAGAUGAGCAAAAUCUGGCAGAACGGAUCACUGCAAGAUGCAUGCCUGUUAGAAGUGUUUCUGAGGGCAGUCCGCCUUGCUCUGAUGUCAUGCCGAUAUAUGGCAAAAAUCUCUUGCGACAGCAAGUCAGCCAUGCAGUUGAGCGCAGGUCCUUAAAAAGUCUUAAAGUGUCUUAAAUUCAGAUUCGUUGGGUCUUACAUUUUUGGUCACAUUACCGAUAAAACAUAUUUAGUCUGUAGUUAAUGCGUCAUCAGACAGAAUGAUUCUUCUGAUUUUAUUAUAUUCAGAGUAAACAGCGAUUGAUUAUGGAUAGUGUAUUUCUUGUAUCAAGGUCGAGCUGUUGAGGCUCUUUGUCGCUGCCUGUCUCUUUACGAGACUUCAAAACAACAGCACACAUAAAGAAACUCAGAAGAAACACGCUGAGGUAAAAAUUCAAAAUCCUUAGUUUAUUCAUAACAUGAUAUAGCCUAGUUAAGUAGCAUACCAUGACAAGGGAGCUAUUUUUGUGAUUGCAAAUGAUUUUAGUUCAAUAAACAAGUAGGCUAGUUAAGUAGUCAAAGUUACUAAUGCCUGGCUCACACUACAGGAUUUUUUGCCCGAUUUAGCCCCGAUUUCCCCCUCCCGAGAAUCGGAGGGAAAAUCUUGUCGAGUACCUCGAUCGGUCCCGAUGUUCGGCGCGGAUUAUCUGGUAAUGUGAGGCGUUCACCGAUAGAACUUUGCACCUCCUGAUCUUCUAGCACACAAAUCGGGGCCGACCCGAUCAUAUCAAACAUGUUUGAUAUUUAGGAUUCAAAUCGGGGUGAUGACGGCUAUAUGAUUACGUCAGCACUUAUAACAGCCAAUGCAAGACCACAAAACAGCUGCUGUACAGCUCCGUUGAAUAGUGGAGACAGAGGAAACUGCUUCUUGAAGUUUUGUAGUAACACGAUUGUCUGUAUAAUAUGUCGAACAGGUAUCACAACUGAUAAGGAAAAAGAGAAGCGCUGGGGUGAAAUCGCCUCAGUUUUGACAUACCUGGUGAGUGAAAGCUGCUAGUAAGCUAGCUAUUAUGUAAACAUUGCUGACCAGCUGCUGCAUGAGAUCACGUGAGGCGCUCCCUCUGGCAUGAUAACCUUAAUAAUAUCUUGUAGUGUGUGAUGCGCCACGAAUUUCAAAUUUUGUAGUGUGUGCAUGUUUAAGAUUUGAGGGAAGAUAAUCUGCAAAGAUUCUCCUUAUGUGUGUGCUGCAACCAGAUUUCAUAAUCGGUUAGGAUUUUAAAAAUCCUGUAGUGUGAGCCAGGCAUAAGUUACUUACAUUUUAGACACAAUUGUUACGACCGUCUAGGGGUCGGUCGCAUCAGAAAGGGAAAGGAGAGUCUUAUGCCAGAGAGAACAAUGAUUAACAAGCUUUUAUUUUGAAAAAGUAAGGGUUUAGCAUCAGGGGAAGACAAGGCCAAAAUAACAAACAAAAAUAACUUAUUAAACCUCUAUCUUCCCUAAAUCGAAAUGAAAGAAAAAUAAAAUACAAUUACAACUUACCUAACUCCCUUUCCCAAAAACAAUAUAAUAAAGACAUUUAUACAGAAAUAAAAUGGCGUCUAUCCCCCUACGUCCCUUAUCACAAAUUCUUAUAACCUAUUUCAAAAGCUAUCUAUAAGUUAUCAGUUAACCAUUCACAAUCAGAAGUAACAAAUAACAACGGAGCAGAAACACACACAACUGCGCGGCACUACGAUACAACGAGAAGUACUAUGGCACAAGAGGCCUCGAUCAGCAUUUUAGGGGAAUCCUUUAUCCAAGUCAGGCAAGGAUAAGAACCAAUCGCCACCUCCAUCCAAUUAACUCCAAGAACCGCCUUCCUGAAAACAAAUAUAGACAUACACAAAAAAAACACAAGAGGGCAGCAAAGAAACAACAGACAAAUGACUGAAGGUCAUAACACCCCCACACUAAAAAAAUAAAACACCAUGGUUUUACUGA